UUUUCUUUAUCUACGUUGUGAUUUCCUAUGCCUAAUGUACUCACAACGUAUGAUCCCACAGCUGAAAACCAUUGAGAAGUUUGUGGACAUUUGGGAGUCCAUCUUUCUCAAAGAAGUGGUUUUUCUUCUUUUAAGCAGCUUUAAGCAUUCUGUACAAAACAAGAUUAAAUCAGUAGGAACUUUAAAUUCUACUACUCUUCCGUCUUCCAAACACUAAACUCUCUCCCUCUCUCUCUUACUGACUGCAAGAUACAUCCACUUUCUUCAUAUCAGCACAUAACUGCUUCAUUAGUUCUUGUAGAAAAUUCGAAUCCUCAGCCGCCAAGAAGAUCAGGGAAAACCCUAAGAAUACCAAAAAGAACAGAUGGGGAGAGGAAAGAUUGUUGUUAAACCAAUAGAGAAUUUAACAAGUAGGCAAGUGACUUUUUCAAAACGCAGAAAUGGUCUGCUUAAGAAGGCCAGAGAGCUAUCAAUUCUUUGUGAUGCUGAAGUUGGAGUAAUUGUCUUCUCUAGUACUGGGAAGCUAUAUGAAUUCUCAAGCUCAAGCAUGGGCUCGAUAAUUGAAAAAUAUAAGAGAGAAGAUGAGUAUCAUCAACUGUUGAGUCCUACUGCUGAAGCCAAGUUUUGGCAACGGGAGGCAGAAAACUUAAAGCAACAGUUGAAUGACUUGCAAGAAAACCACAGGCAUUUAAAGGGGGAAGAAAUUUCAGGUUUGAGUGUCAAAGAUCUACAAAAUCUAGAAAGCCAAAUGAAGAUGAGCUUAAAGGAAAUCCGGGCAAAGAAGGAACAAGGUUUUGCCGAUGAAAUGAAAAAACUUAAUGACCAGGUAAUUAUCAUGCAUCAAGAAAGUAUGAAUCUGUUUAAGGAGUUGAGUGUCCAGAGGAAGGAAAAUGCAGAACUACGUAAGAAGAUUUAUGCUAAUGAAGUGAAUAGUAGUUCCCACCAUCCACAACAUUUUGGUGAAAAAUAUGAUUCAUAUGGGUCUUUGCAUCUCCAGCCAAGGCAAUCACAGGAAAAUGACAAUGAAACACCAGAAACAGCAAUUGAUCUGGGCAGAUUAAAUCUGGCUUAAGCAGACAACUGUGUGCAAGUCCAUUUCCAUAACGAACUCAUCCCAGAAUGAUGAAAAAUCAAGACUCUACCAGCAAAAGUCCGUUGUUUGAGAAACAAUAACGUUCGCUCAACAUGAACAUCAUCAAAUUUGUUUUGAUAUGGUACCUGGAAUGGCCUUUAGAAUAGUUAUUAUAUCAUCAACUUACAGAUUUUCAUGGGGCAGGUGACAUGAUAAAUAUCUGGAAGAUUCUUGUUAUAUAGAUUAUAUCAAUGGUUCUUCAACUACAUCUAUCUGUAUACUUUUCAAAUUCGAAGUAGUCAAGUUCUAAACAUUUUUGGAAUUUCUAGAAGUGUGGGAUUACUUAUCACAGCUUCAACUAGUGGUGGAACAUUGUAAGGCACUGUUUGCAUCUUAGAAGAUUCCUUAUCUUGCUCUCCUUUUUACUUCUUCAUUUUUCUCAAUCACUUUCAACAGUCAACCAGUAAUCAGUGUCUAGUUUCACAUCCCAUCCCAAAAAAAUUUAGAGAUCAAUUUGAUGCUACAUUCAGAGAACAAUUUGUUUUUAUCUAAUUGCAUCUAGUAAGAUAUAUCAGCUGCCAAAAAAAAAAAAAACUAUGGUAGUCAAGCUUUGCAGCACACAAUACUCGAUUCUAUACACAAUUUUGCUGUACAUUUGAAGGAGUCUAGUCAUUACUACUGAUGGUAGUUACAGCUAGCCAUGCCCUUUGCCCC